UGUGCGCCCUGGCGUGUCCUAGCACAUGUGUUCCAGGAGCGUUUUCUUUUGAGGGGACCCCAUCUGUGGGGAGCAGGGAUACGCCGGGAGAGGGGGCAAGGGGUGGAGGAGCGGGGUGUCAGGCCAGCUUAUUGAUCCCAGCAUUGCUGCUUGCACCCGCAGUGACCGCAGCGCCCCGCGAGCUCCAGGCUGGGCCUCCCCAGACGGGCGCUGGGAGCGGCCACCACCAUCGUGCCCCUGGGCGCAGCAUGCGUGGCUCCACGCUGCUAGCGCUGCUGGCCUUGGUGCUGCUGUACCUGGUGGCCGGUGCGCUGGUGUUCCGGGCCCUGGAGCAGCCCCACGAGCUGCAGGCCCAGAAGGAGCUGGGGGAGGUUCGAGACAGGUUCCUGAGGGACCAUCCGAGCGUGAGGGAGCAGGACCUGGCGCUCUUCAUCAAGGAGGUGGCCGAUGCCUUGGGAGGGGGUGCGGACCCCGAAAUCAACUCAACCAAUAACAACAACUACUCAGCCUGGAACUUGGGCAGCGCCUUCUUUUUCUCGGGCACCAUCAUCACCACCAUUGGCUAUGGGAAUGCAGCCCUGCGCACAGAUGCCGGGCGUGUCUUCUGUAUCUGCUAUGCACUGGUGGGGAUCCCUCUGUUUGGGAUCCUCCUGGCGGGAGUCGGGGACCGGCUCGGCUCCUCCCUGCGCCGCGGUAUUGGCCACAUUGAAGCCAUCUUAAUGAAGUGGCAUGUUCCUCCUGGGCUGGUCCGAGUUCUCUCUGCGCUCCUCUUCCUGCUGGUUGGCUGCCUGCUCUUUGUCCUGGCUCCCACCUUUGUCUUCUGUCACAUGGAGGGCUGGAGCGAGCUGGAAGCCCUAUACUUUGUCAUCGUGACUCUCACCACGGUGGGCUUCGGGGACUAUGUGGCCGGCGCCAACCCCAACCAGAAGUACGCCUUCUACCAGCCGCUGGUGUGGUUCUGGAUCCUCCUCGGCCUGGCCUACUUCGCCUCGGUGCUCACCACCAUUGGGAACUGGCUGCGAGUCGUGUCCCGCCGCACCCGGGCAGAGAUGGGGGGUCUCACGGCGCAGGCGGCCAGCUGGACUGGCACCGUCACGGCACGAGUGACCCAACGAGGGGGACCCUUGGCACCGCCGGCAGCGGAGAAGGGGCUACCUCCGCUGCUGCCCCCGCCGCCGCUGCGUCCCAUUGGGGAACCCCGAACCCCGGAACCCCCCAAGAGGGUCCCAUCGCCCUCCCCGCCCACCGCCUCGGCGCUAGACUACCCCAGCGAGAACUUGGCCUUCAUCGACGAGUCGUCGGACACGCAGAGCGAGCGCAAUUGCGCGCUGGCCCGUGCGCCCCGAGGUCGCCGCCGGCCCCCCAAUGCGCCCAGGAAGCCCGCCCGGCUGCGGGGUUCAGGGCGCCCAAGGGACAAGGGCGAGGGCGGCGUGUAAAGGUGGGGACCCCCACCCCACCGACCCCCCCCCAGUCCCACUCCCAGGGUGGCUGCUGCCUCCAGCGCGCCCUCCCUCCCCAGCAUGCUCCUUGGACCAAAGAACCCGCUUCUCCGCCUGG